AUGGCAGAAUUCCUCGAAGAUCCGUCGGUACUCACGAAAGAUAAGCUGAAAAAUGAGCUCACGGCCAACAAUGUGACGCUUCCCAGCGGAGAGCACAAGAAGGAGGUCUACGUCCAGUUGUACCUGAAGAACUUGACCGUCCUGAACAGCAAGAGGAGUCCGCCUCCAGACACCUUCUCCAGCGACGACGACAUGCCCGCCCCCCUUGUCUCCAGCAGAAGUCGUUCCGGGAGGAAAGCCACCAGAAAGACAGACAAGCCUCCUACAGAAGUGGAAGUAACAGAUCUCACUGAUGAAGACUUGAAAGAACAGCUGGCAAAACAUGGUGUAGAUGCUGGACCCAUUGUGGCCACCACCCGUAAGUUGUACGAGAAAAAGUUGGAGAAGAUUUUGGACCAGCCACCAGCUGAAGCUCCCAGUGUACCUGAAAAAGCCACAGAAAUCACAGCUGUGCCUGAGGCUGACAGCAACCAGAAUGGCAACACACAAUCUGACCAGUACAGUGAUAAGGAGGAUGAGGAGAUAGCUGCCCCAGAGCCAGAACCAAUUCCUGUUGUAGAGAAACCCGUGCGAAGCCGAGGGAAAACGCCUGUCACUGUCAGGACCAGCAGCAGACGACAAGCCAAAGCAGUGGAAGAGAACUUGGCUAGUGGUGACCAGACCCCCAAGAAGACUGGUGAGAGUGUUGUUGAAGAUAUUCUUGCCAAUGAAAUUAGCACACCAGCAGGCAUCAGUGCCACCUGCAGGCGACCGAUUAGAGGGGCAGCUGGUCGGCCGUUGCAGCCCAGUGAGUACUGGCUGGACGAGUCCCGUGUGCAGCGCAGUGUACGCACUGAGACCCGCUUCUACUCAGAGUCCGUCUCCCGAGUCAGCAACAUGGCUUCUUCAACCAAGCCCCCAGCCCGACGUGGGCUCAUGUCCCUGCUACUCAGGCUGCUGCUCCUCAUCGCCGUGGUAGCUUCUUUCUACUACGUCUACCACAACCUGGAUGCUGAACGGAUCAGCGCCCUUAAGGGCCUCCUGGACAGCGCGGUCGUCCCCCUCCAGAGUUUGGUGGACAGCACGGUCACUUACCUGGGCAUCGGAGGAGGAAGCAGUGCUGAAGGUAGCAGUGGAAAGUAAGGCCCCCCCCUGGCUGUAUGUCACACUUGGCUCAUGCCACACCCUGCCAUUCACCACGACUCACCACAACCCAAGCAGCAAACUCGGAUCACCUCCCCUUUUUAUACAUGGUCGUAUUAAGGAAACAGUUUUUUUUUUUUUCCUCCCCAACUGUAUUUGGGCAAUUAACCCACUUUUCUGAGCCGUCCCGGUCGCUGCUCCACCCCCUCUGCUGAGCUGGGGAGGGCUGCAGACUACCACAUGUCUUCUCCAAUACAUGUGGAGUCGCCAGCCGCUUCUUUUCACCUGAGAGUGAGGAGUUUUGCCAGGAGGAUGUAGCAUGUGGGAGGAUAAUGCUAUUCCCCCAGUUCCCGCUCCCCCUGAACAGGCACCCUGACCGACCAGAGGGGGCGCUAGUGCAGCGACCAGGACACAUAUCCACAUCCAGCUUCCCACCCACAGACACGACCAGUUGUGUCUGUAGGGACACUCAACCAAGCCGGAGGUAACGGGGAUUCGAACAGGCAAUCCCCAUCUUAGUAGGCAAUGGAAUAGACCGCCACGGUACCCGGACACCCCUCAAGGACACAGUUUUAACUGGGAGUGAUAGACACGCUCUCUCGCCCCUGCAGCUUCCCUCCCCAGCGAGAGGGAGGUCUAUUUCACUUCUGACAGCAGAUCAUGGACAACACUGUUUUCCUCUGAAGAGACUCGUUUUUAAGUCUGUUUUAAUCUGUGUGAAAUGUUUGUGUCUUUGUGUUUUACCCGUAUAUGUAGAAAUCAGCGCAGAAUGGCAAGGCCAGUUAUCAGUGCAUGGUUGUAAUUUUAAAAGGACGUAGUUUCCGAUGCUCUGUGCCAGGUGUUUUCUGACGGUGAAGUGCCUGGACACUGUCAGCACUUAAUACCCUUCCGUUUUAAAGCACAACGCAAUGAUACUAACAAUGAAAGUCUACUUGUAUUUCUAUGCGUUUAUAAACUGACACUGUAGUCGUAGAGCUAGGUAGAAUGUCAUUUUUAUGGUGCUCAGGUCAAGUCUUCUCUAAAUUUAAUAUGAUCUGUGCUUGGGAGAUGUGUAUUCAGGUCACAUCACUGUAUGAUGAAAAUCAGUCUUAUCUGAAGCUGAGGUAGAAUUCCCCCCCCCCCCUAAUCAUUGCUGUGCUCAGUAUAAGACCUGCCUGCAGGAUUUAACAAAAUUAUGACAGCAGACUUGGAUCAAAUUAACUGAAUCCUUGCGUGUAGGGCUGCACAUUUAUGGCAGAAAUAACAAUUCCACUUAUUUUGCUGGAUGUUCAGAUUGUUACCUGAAUUACAGCUUUUUUUUUACUUAGAUUUGGCAACAUGUAUAAGAUAACAGCAGACGUUUUCAAUGAAAUGUCUGAAGAAUUCAGAUAUGCCAAUAUGUAAUAAAUAAAAGUUGAAAUUGCAACUGCAGCUAUACCUGAUUAUUUGUGCAGCCCUACCAGUGUGCCUGUGUGAGUUUACAGAGUUUACAUGCUUUGGUUCUUAGUGCUCUGUUGUGCUUCCCCCCUCCCCCCCCAAAAAAGAUUUCUGAUCCUUCAGUCCCAUCUGCAGGACUGGCUGUAACGGUGCGCCCACAUAGUCCUCCUCGCUGACAGCAUGCAUCCAUACGCCGCUGGUCCCAAAAAAGAUCCACGGAGGAAGUUAAUCUUGUUUGAAUAACUGCUCCGUUGAUCUUCUUCCCUGACCGUUGACUACUUCUGCCUGAGUAAAUUAACAAAAUCAAGAAACUCUUGGCUAAUGUAUACAGGGUCGCUCACCCACUGAAAGCUCUUGGAUGCAGUGAGCGCAGUCUGAGGAGCCUUUGUUGAAUUGUUCACAGGUGUCUUUGUUUCUAUUUUGAUAUUUUUCUAACGUGGUCUAUUUAACUUUUUAUAGCAUAUUUUCACAUAAUAUGCAAAGGUAAUAAUUGAACCCUGAAAGUGAUACUUUAUCUUAAUCUGGACCCAGUUUACAAGUGAUUUGGUCUUGCAUCAGGCAGCUCUCCGACCAUGGACAGAUAAAGUAGGGAUUAUGUGGGUAAGGAUUUUGAAUCUCUUAUUUAUGAUAAUGUAGAUGGUAUUCUAAAAUAAACUUCGUUAUUUCCCACCUUUUUUUGUGAAAUUGUAUCUUAUUGUAGCACUGAUUGAUAACGACGACAGCUGAAUAACAAAGAUUAAAACAGAAGAAUUGUAAAGGACGUCAGAUGGGAGAUACUCUGUGGCGUAUCUAAAUGUAUAAUAUCCAGACCAGAAUUCACACAAACUGAUCAAAGAUUAUGGAGAAAGCAGGAAAUGUUCUCCUUGUCCGCCUUCGCAGUCAAUAAUGUUUUGAUCCUUUAAUUUCUUAUAAUGAUUUUAUUCAGUUUUUUUAAUUUAAAAAAUUGCAGCAUAGCAUUACAAAUCAGGGACUUGCUCCUCGACAGUAUUUCUAAAUCAUUAAUCCUAGAGAAACAACACAUAGAGCAGAAAACUAAGAAAAAAGGGGGGAAAAAUAAAAAGGACAAAAAAGAUUGAAACAAAUGUAAUUCAGGAUACAUUUAAACUAAAAUGCAAGAGCUAUGCGGCGGAAGUUUCAUCAAAAUGUGAAAAAAAAUCAAAUUUUUUUUUGCCAUCAAAAAAAAGAAGAUUGUAUCAGAUGUUUUGGUCUAUUAAAAGGCAUCAGACCUCAGCACAUAUUUAAGGAUUUCUUUUUCUUUUCUUUUUGUUUUGUUGAUUGUUGGAAAUUGAGCAAUGAACCAAUGAAUCGGUGUGUUGGUGUUAUGUGGUAACAUAUAAAGGCACAAGCCGAUAUUUCACAGUAGCUUGGCAGCUACUCAACUUUUCCCAAAAUGAUUUAACUCUUUUCUCUAAAGAUGUGAA